GGGCGCGUCCACCUGCACGCGCCGGGGCCCCGGGCGCAUGGAGCAGCGCUGAGCGCCGCAGCCGCCGCCGCCGCCGACACCGCCUGGCGGGCGGGGGGACCCGCCGGCCCCGCGCGGCCGCCUCCCUCGCAGGCCCGGCGCCGAGUCUCCAUCGUCAUCAAAUACAACUCCUUUCAUUCUCCUCUUCCAUUCACCUACCCAAAGACCAAAUCUGGAAAUAGUAACCAAAAGAGAAGCCCACGUCGUACACAAAGCAGAGAAAGGUUGAAAGAAUUUCAGGGUUGGCCAGAUGCAGUGGGGCAUGGAAUGAACAGAAAGAGGUUAAAUUGAUGGAUGACCAACAAGAGCAGGAUUGUGCCUCAGAAGACCAAGAAACUAUCCUGAUUAAUGGGGUGAAAGAAAAUGAAUCACAUGACCUGGCCAGCGAUGAGAGGCCUUGCACUGCUGCGGAUGCUGCGGUUACGUUUCCAGCCUUGACAAUAGCUCAGAAGGAAAAUCAAGCGUGCCACCGAGCGCUGCCGCCUCUGACUUCAAAGAAGCCCUGUCUGCUGAGCCCGCCUUCUCCUCUGAGGCUCACCGAUGUACCUGAGCACACUUCAGAUGACUCCUCCGCGCACGCCAUUUCCCUUACAUCGUGCGUGACAAAGGGCAUGAGCUCUUGGUCCCUGCCAGGCGACUGCGAGAAGGCUCCGUUCACAAUUAUGGAGCCCGGAGGCAUGUCAGCUCUCACCGGUGACUGCUUGAUGCAGCCGAGCCGGACCUGUCUGGGCUGCUUUAUUGAAUCAAAGGACGGCAUUGAUGCAGAGCCGGGAAUAAGCCUGAAAGUGGGUGAUAUAAAUAGGGAUUAUGACACCUGUUCAGUCUCUGAUAUAGGGAUUCACUGCAUGAGCACAGGAGAAACCAUGAGAUACGGGGAUCAACUGCUUUCAGACCAGCUUUUAAGCUUCCCUAUGCAUAAAUCGAGGGCAGCAGACAAAAGGGAUGCAGAAAAAUCUGACAGUGAUUCAGAGGACACCACUCAGAAAAAUUACUACGAGGGAUUACUACUAGACAAAUGCAAUGGUGAGGAACCUUUACUAACAAAUCCCAACCAGGAAUGGGGCUAUUUUGAAUCUUUCAUUAGCGAAAGUAAAAUUGAGCUGCUUGACCUUUGCUCCAAAAAUGAGCUUUCUGUAAAUCUGUUUUCGGAGGAAGACGUGGAUAAUUACAUGUUUGAUGAUGAUGAUUCAACCCUGGGAAGCGAUGUCUGCUCCUUAAAGAUUAGAUACGAAUCUUUCCAGGACAACGUGCGGGAGAAGACCACCGCCCUACAAGAGGAUGCCCAGUUCAACUUCUUCCCCAGCGUGUUUGGCAACUGCACUAAAAGGGACAGCAGGAGCACCCUGAAGAGGGGGCCGGGCGGUGCCACCGACCCUGCUCAAUUCAAGUCUGAAGAAGGCAUCAUCUGGGGGGAGGAGGAGGAGGACGGGGAGGAAGAGGAUGGCGAGGAGGAGGAGAAAGCUGCCUUAAAUAAAUCGUGCAACAGUGCGGAGAUGGUGCAGUACGUGGGCUCCAAAAGGAGCCACUUCUUGGACUCUGUGAAUUCCACGGAGGACUCCGGGGAGUUCAGCGACGACAGCACUUGCACCGAGUCCUCCUACGACGUGCUGCGGGAUAUCAAGGACUGUAGCCGCUACCUGUCCAGGGAACACUCCAACUCCUUCAUCCAGCAGAACUACGGCUUGCGGGCAAAGAGGAAAGUGCGAUACAGCGAUGAUUACCUGUACGACGUGGACUCCAUCGAGAACGAGAAGAUCCUGGAUAAGAAGGAGUGGCUCCCGGACGGGCCCAAGGAAGAAGACGACGACGAGUGGUGCCCAAAGAAAAGGCGAAAAGUCUCUCGCAAGGAGCCCCCCGUUAUCAUCAAGUACAUCAUCAUUAACAGGUUCAAGGGGGAGAAGCAUAUGCUGGUGAAGCUGAGCAAAGUGGAUGCCAAUGAGACAACUGUCACCCUCAAUGAGGAGCUGCUCAGCAAAUACGAGAAGCUGGCCCCAUUGAAGGGCUUCUGGCAGGAGAGGCAGCAGAGCCGCAUGGAUUUGCUCCGAUCGUCUCUCUACCACAAGCAGAAUUUCUAUCUGAACGGCUCAGAUGCUUCGUUCCUCCCUCACCCACGGAAGCGAAAAUGCAAGCUAGCGAACAGGCACAGGAUUCAAAGAAUUAAAGCCAUUGAGCAGUCGGUGAACAAGCUGGGCUCUUGCUCCUCGGAUCACAAGCAGCCUUGCAGCAGUAAGGAGGACGCGGGCCUGAAAGGGCUGCAGGCGUUAGCCAUCGCCACCCCCAGCUGUGCAAACGGAUUACAUGUAAAUGACAUCACUGGCAUCGCCUCAGUGAAAUGCAAAUCGCAGGAGCGGGAAUAUAAGGGGACGGAGAGGAAAGUGCUCCGCCGAAUCAAAUUCAAAAGUGAAGCCAGGUUGAAAUGCAAGAAAAUCAAAGCUGCAGCCAGUACGGCGGAGGGCUCCCCGGCUCUGGAAAACCAGGACUCUGCAGCUCGUUUGAAGGACGAAAAUGUUCCUUGUGCUUCAGACAGCUCCCAUCUUUCAGAGUGCCAUGAGGAAAAGAUUGCUAAAAAUGCUACUUUCCUACCAUCCACCUCCUCUUCAGACAAGCCUCUACCAUCUGCUAAUAUCACCACCAAUGUACCCCUGAUCCCUGGAGGGUAUCUGCAGACAUUGUUAGAUGCUUCUGAUUUGUCAAGCAACACUGGUAUCUCAUACUUCACCCAGCACCCCUCCGAGCAGCAGCAUUCGCUCCCCAGCAUCGUUCAGGCGGAGAAGCCCUUCCCGGCUCUGCAGCCUUCCCAGAGCUGCGUGCUCUCGCCGCCGUCCGAGUCGGAGCUGCAGCAGUCACCCGGCCACUUGGAAAUGGAGCAGAACAACUUCGGGAGCGUGUGGCCGGCGAGCAAGGCUGCCAGCGGCACCCAGCAGGAAUUUCCCAGCGACAUGCGGGAGGCUUCUGUGCUGUCAAACGAGUUUGGUGGCGCAGCGGGCGCAGACAGCCUCCCGGCCGCUGGAUACAGUCAAGUGAAUCUGAAUAGCAGCAAAUUGCUCUACCAAAAAAAUUACAUGCCGGAUAACCAACAAGUGCAGUCUGAUGAUUCUUAUCAGUCAUGUCAUUUUAAUAAUGGAGAGGGGCGCUUUCAUUUCCAACGAGGUACACUAAGUACAGAUGAUGGCAGACUCAUUAGUUUUGAUUCAGUGGGUUCAUUGUCAGUUAGUUCUAGCAAUUACAGUUCUUUAAGUUUAAAGUCUUGUGAAAAGGACGGCGAAGAUGAUAUUAAUGAUGAUUUCUUGGCCCACUGCAGUCCCAAGCUUGUGAUCCAACAGAGCAUAGAUGAAAUAACCCCUCUGAAGGAGUCCACGGACCUUUUAGACAUAUCCAACUUCACACCCGAUAAGUUCCGUCAGUCCUCCCUGUCGGAGAUGUCUCCUCCAGACACUCCCAACCUUUCCCCGCAGAUCACCGGCUCCGACGCCAAACCCCUGGGCACCCUGAAAGGCUUCCAGGAGAGCACCCAGGCUGUCCUCAACAGUUCGGAGAAGGUCAAGUGGAACUGUGGGGUCCUUCAGACCGAGGAGCAGGCAGAUAAUGGGUUUACUUUAAAUAAUCAUCAGUUUCAGUUCCAUAUGUUCAACGAUGAAGAUUCUGUCAGCCUUCUUGAAAAAAGUCCGUGCUUGUCAACAUUUAAUGAGCCAUCUGGUCAAAUUAGCACCAAUAGCAAAGUGUCAAAAUCUAAGAGGAAAAGUUCAUCCAGCAAGAAUGCGGGUACAAACCAAAGCUCUUCCCAGAAAACCACUAGGAAAAAAUCUCCCAAAACCAACAAAGGAACCGAUAAGCCGCAAGGUAAAAAUUCCAGGCAGACACCCAAAUCCACCCGGAAAGGGAAAAACGCAGCAGGAGUCAAUGGCGAGAAGGCUCAAGCGGUUGGCAGCAGGGCCGUCAAUCAGCUAAACAACGCGGCCUCCGCGACCAAGGGCCUCGCCGAGGGCGUUCAGCAUUGCAGCCCAACCGCUGUCAAAAUAGGGAAGCAUAACGGACUCUCUGGUGAGUGGUCACUGGGAAAGGACCCCAGUACAGGCUGGUCAGAACCCAGCAUAGGGAACACUAGCAGUCUCCUGGACGAUGAUCAGAGGGAGUUUGAGGAACCUUCCAAUAUAUUAUCCAACAUUGCGUCAGGAAUGGCAGACGUUCAGAGGUUUAUGAUGGCCUCGAUCGAACCCCUGUGGGGGCCCGUCGGCCAUAACAGCGUGCCAGAUAUAUUCCGGUCACCUGAAUCGAACAGCCUGAAAUUGAAAACGCUAAAAAUUUUGGCAGGGACGUCGCAAGAGUCUAAGAAAAAGGCCAACAGCAGUUCUCCAGGAACGGCGAAGAAUCACAAGUCAAACAAGGGCUCAAGCAAAAACGGCAAAGCCGCAACCUGUGACCCCGGUCGCCCCAACUGUUCGACUGGGUACAAUACAGACAUUCACUCUCCCUUUUUUGAUAAAAACUAUAGUAACCUGAGCACUUUAGGCAAUAACGGACCUACCCAUAAAAAACUGUACCGUCAUAAAUCAAGUUCGAAAUCGCUGAGGGAUGAGAACUGUAAAAUAAAGCGAACGGACCGUGAACAGACCCAUAAGGACCCAUCUGUGACAGCUUCUUUUGAAAAACUGAGGGAAUCAGACUACAUUCUUCUUAAAGCAGAAACAACAGUUUUGGUUUUACCUGUAUUUGAAGAAGAGACUCCCUUUUCUAGAAAGACGUUUGAUGUUUGUUUCUCUUUUUUUGCUUUGGUUUUUUCCGUUCGUUUGUUCGUUCGUUUGUUCCUUUCGAAAUAUGCCUUGUGGUAUGUUGACAUGUAAGUGCUGAAAUGAAGAGUUUGCAAUUGUGGGAUUUUAUUCUUUGGAAGCGAACCUAAUCUGGUAUUCUCUGUGAAAGACUGUUUUAAAAGUCAUACUGUUGUACAGUAGUUUAUGCACUAUUACCCACAACAACAACAAAAAAAUUGUGCCAAACUAUGAACAAGUGACUGUAUUGUAUAUAUUUUUACUUCUCUAUCGACAUUGGGUUGUGAGUGUUUUCUGCAGCUAUGCCUUUUGAUUUUACGAUAAACAUUCCAGUUAUUCCGUACUAACCAUCCCCUUCGAGAGCACCUGUAACGCACCAUGAAAACAAUAUCAUUCACUGAUACAACUUACCAAAAGUUCUAUGGACAUGACUAAAAGUGUGCCAAAUUUACUUACCUCAUUUCAUGGAUUCACCCUGUGGUUUAAAGCUCAUAAAGGAAAAAAAAAAGAGAAAAAGAAAAAAAAACGGGGAAAAAAAACCAGAAAAAAGGAACUUUGAAACGGAUGCUGGGAAACUGUAAUGGCCUCUCUUUAAAAUCAUGAGCAGAAAAACAUAAUGGUGAAAUUUUGAGUUUCGUUAUAGGAGAGAGUUGAAGUGUUGGAGGAAUUCAGAAAAUCACUCCAGGUAAGUUUGACGGGAACUCCAGUGUCUGCACCUAGAGACUACAGAACAGCUGCUUUUCAAGUGUCUGUUUUCUUAAAGCAAAACCUGUAGCUGAAGAUCAUUUGAAAUGCAAAGUUACAUUGCUAAUUCUUUGUAUCUCAGUUUUAUAUAUUUUAUAAUAACCUGGGAUAAAUUCUAAAAUAGUUCUAAAAACGAAGCUAAUGUUUCAUACAUUUAUUGCUAUUUACUUUUAUUUUAAGUAGUUUCCUAAAUAUUUUGGAUGCAGAGCCUGUCAGAAGCGCUCUCACGUCAUAGCUUUGGUGUUUCCUAAAUGUCUAACCUUCCGAUGCCAAUAUAGUUUGAAAUUUUGGAAGCAGAAUCAUUAGUUUUAAAUACAACUCUGAACCUUUGCGUUGAUUGAGUACAUAAUAUAAGAAAAAAAAAAAGGAACUAUUUGUGAUCUCACCAAUCAGGGCCAGAUCAUACAUGACUGGACUUUAUUGAGACAGCAUUAAGUACUGAAUGCUAAAUGUAUUAUCAAAAGGCCUUAUUUGUAACCCUACUCACCACCCCCUCGCCCGCUGCGAAAAUCACAGAAACAAACAAAAAAAAAUCAUGGUUUUUCCUUGUGCAACGGAGAGCCUGUGCGUUUUGCUGCUGAUUUAUUAUGAAACCUCGAUAUGCAAGAGACCUGCUAACGGGGAGCUGUUGGGAGCCGAGGGUUGUAAGGCUAGGAGACAUUUAUGCAAUAGGAAAGGAUGAGGAAGAGGAGCCUUAAUAACAGUCCGGUCGAACGCUUUCUCACUGUAGUUGUGAGCCCGGCAGCGGCGUUUCGCUGGGGACAGAGCCCGCCUUGGCUUUCCCUACGAGCAGGAAACGUUAGGGCAACAUCAGAAGUGGUUAAGACACUCGUUUUAAGUUAAUUUAGCAAAAAAGCAGAUUGUUUCUAAUUGAACACUUGGAAGUGAAGUGGAGUUGCAAAGUGGUGAUUUGGAAUCAAAAUGUUUUCAGCUUUCGCAAGUACUCAAACCUCGGGGUAGAGCUCGCGCGCCUUCCCGCACGCCGCAGCAGCGCAGUAGGGACGUUGCGGUUUAGCUAACGGGCGACCUGCUUCGCGGCAGCUCUGCAGACCGUCCUCGUGGUUUGCUCGUCCAAAACGCAGAGUUGCUUCCACUUCGGCACGCCGAAGGGGCGAGGAGGCCGCUGGCUGCGGUUUUGGGCGUUUGGGCUGCUGCUCCGACGGAGACGGCUCCGGUGCAGAGCUAGGAAAGGGCGGUCUGCCCCUUUUUGGCCCAGAGGCGUCCCUGGAAAGCACAGUCCUCCUGGCCUGCACUGCGUCGUUUGUGCUGAGCGGGACAACUCGUAAUAAAGUACGUUGUACUGAAACAGAUAGCAAUAGUUAUUGCAUUUGAGAAAUGUGCAAUAGGGCAUGAAUAUAAGACAUAAAACGUAUCGACUAUUUUAUUAUAUGUUGAAAAUCCAUGAAUACCCAACUACCAGAUGUUUCAGGACGGUGUUAAUCACAGAUACCAGCUGCCUUGAUGCACUCUCCUUCGGUCCUCCUGUUGCUCCCGUUUCUCUGCCAUCUUUGGCUGUCAUCCCGCUUCCUCCCCCAAAUCCCUGCCCGCGGUGGGCUGCGAGUGCCCAGGUCCCUCGCGGUGCACCGCUGGGCCUUCUUUGCGUCUGACAAAGUUAUCCCGCUGCGAAUUUGCUCCGAAACCUGGUUACCAAAACAGUAAUUUCUGAAAUUGCCUUGAGCCAAACGCUUGUCCUCCUCCCUUCUAAUUUUGAUCGUCGCUUGUCUAUCGCUACCUCAAGAGUUUCAUCGCUUUCCUGCUUUCCCUCAUUCUUUGCCAUAUAAACACGUUUUUUUCCCAUGUAUUUGGUUGAAUUUCAGUCUUUAGCGGCGCUGCGCUCGGUUAAGGGAGGGCCCGUCGGUAGGCUCCCGUCCAUCCUCAGCCAGGCGCUGCCUUCGGCCUCGCUUCGCACCCGGAGAUGGCCCCGGGCUCCCAUCGCCCUUUCCCGUCUCCAGACGCAUCCUCUUCUCCAACCCCGGUACGCUCCCAGCCUCCUCUCUCAUCUUUUAGUUGGGCUUCUGGCUAUUUGGGGAGAUUAGUUCAAGCCACGAAAAGACGUUUAUUCUGCAAUGUCUCUUAAAAUCCCUCUUCUACUUCAUUGCAUUCAACUCCCGCUGUAGAGGUGUUUCCCGGUUCUCUGUGUGAAGGGGCCUGUAGAAACGGCGUAGUGUUUCUGGCCUCUGAAGCUGCGCCGUGCUGGCGCGUUCCCGUUUCGGUGAGUUACACUCGUCAGCUAAAUUAGAAAGCGAGUCGCCGGUCGAAAAGGCGCCGUCGCAAACAGGGCCGAGCUGCCGGGAGCCAGCCCACCCCCAGGCCGUAGCUUUGCAGGAGGUCCUUGCAUGGAGAGGUUUUGUAGAUAGGAAAACACCAGGGACAGGGGAUCCGAGUAAAGAGUAGAAACAAGUCUGUCAGGUUUACAUUUUGGCUUUUUUUUUUUUUUUUUAAAGCAUGAGAAAUUUUUGGAAGGCAGGUCAAGAAUAAUGAAGUAGAGACCAGAUUCAGCGAGGUGUUUUGCGAGGGGGAAGCCCGCGCGGCGGCGGGGGGCUUUCCCGUGCCAGCGGCUUCGGUAUCCUGCUGAGCCGAGGUCUGCACAGGGAGAAGGAGCUGAGGCUGGGUCCAGCCCGGUGGUGGUGGUGGCGGCUUUGGGAAACAAGUGCUGCGCGGCUUAUUUUUUUUUAAAAAAAAAAUCGAGAUCGCUGUUAUUUUUUGGCAUUACAGCUCAAAUCAACCAAGAACCAAAAGAAACAUGUUUGAAGCGUUUUAAUCUUAUGCCUGCUGGGCCACCUUCUUCUUUCUCUGAGGUCCCAAUCUAGCAAAGCACUUCAGCAGGGGCUUGGUAGGAAGCGCGUGCUGCAGCGUACCUGGGUUCUUGCCUGCUUAAGUGCUUUCCUGGAUCGCGUAAGUCAAGAGAAAAAAGAAGACGUCCUUUGGAGUCAGGGUGAGGAGAAGAGGACCAGGCGCGUGGACUUCAGCUGGUGCAGGAGCAGGCCCUUGCUCUUACUUUCUCAACUCGGUGUGUUGGACUGUGCCUAUGCAGCUCCCGGGAAGCGCAGGGGAGGUUGCAUGGUUCAAGCCGCUGACAUCUAUUUGAGAAUGUGCCUCUUUAGCUCUUCAGCGUGUAAAAUAAUGCAAAAAAACCACUAAUAAUAAUAAUAAUAAUAAUGAAGCAAAGUACAAUGUCUGUGGUAGAAGCAAGGCUUUUCAAAUCCGUUUCUCAGGUAAACAAGUGACACUAAUGACAGUGGAGUAACAGCCAUCUAAGGGAAUUUGGAUCUGAAGCGAGGAGGAUGCCCUCCGUCUCGCAGGCUGCUCGGGUUGCUAGACACGUUUACUGAGCCUUUGAACACUUGGUGCGAAAGGAGACAAGGAACACCAGUUGCAUUCACUGCUGCCCUUCAAUAGAUAGGGAAAAAACAAAAAACAAAAAAAAGAAGUACGUUUCAAAAGCACAAAGGGAAGACUCUAAAAUAAACCGAACCGAAACAAAAAAAACCAACGCGAGAUACCAGUUAAACUCCUUUUGUCUUUUACUCCCAGUGGGAAGCAGGGUAGGAAUCUAAGGAGAUGCUCUGGCUCGUUGCCUGCAGCGCCGGCUGCGGCCCCUUCGACUGCUGCCUACAGAGAUUUGAAUGUACCGCUCCUUCCGUUGACUUCCAGAGGCACCUCUUUGCUAAGUCGCUACUGUUUUAUGGUGCUAAAGGAAACUUUUAUCCCCCCUCGAGCAUCUAAGGAAUACAAAAUGGCCCUUUUUAUGAAUGUAACAUAUCCAUUUCUGUUUAACAUUUUACACUGCAAUUUUAACAUGUUUGGAAAUUAUUUGCCUUUUUUCUUUUAGAAUAAGCUUUAUAAAUAUUCUGUAGAGUCAAUUGAAGUAUAAUUCUUAAGGAUCACUCUAAGACGCCUACAAAAUCUUGUAUAUUUUUAAGUGUGCCAAUUUGUAAAAUAUUUUGUAAGUGUAUAUUUUUCUUAGAAAAGUGCUGUGAAGUGUUUGUAUGUGUGAGGUUUCCCUUUUUUUGCACCUUCGGGUGUUAAUAAAAGGAUGUAUACUUAAAAGUUUCUGGUUUUAAAAACCAAAAUACAAAGAAAAAAAUUAAACUUUUGUUGGGAAUUUUGUAAUAAAAAGAAAUGUUGUGAAAGAGUGUAGUGAUAUUGUGUAAAGGAAACUGGAAAAUUUGUGAGCGCUUUGCUGUUUUAUAGAUCCUCUUGUAAAUUAUUCUUGUAAUAUUUUUGGUUUUGUUGUUCUUGUUGCAAAGGUUUUAAAUAUUUGUGACUGACUCUGUAUGGUGAAAACGUCAUAUUGUUAACUUGCUGAGUUUUGUUAUAUUGUUUAUGGAAUAAAUAAAAAAAAACAUUAAAAAUCUCAUUUUAAGAUCUGUAUGAAGAAGACAUUAAAACUGCCGUUUAUUGAC